AUGUUGCACCAUCGACGCGCCGCUCGCUACCUCAACGCCAUAAUUGCCUUUAGUUUUCUGGGUAUUCUGUUCAUCUACUUUGGCCGUUCUAGCCCUGGGAUCGAUAGUUCGACGCAAUGGAGUCGGCCGCAGUUAGAUCCAUCUUUAUUCAGGAUCGCCGAAGAGUCGCUGAAUCUCCCCUUGGAAAAAGCACCGAAUUUUUUGGCGAAUAGCACCCAGUCUCAGGAGGCAAAAUCGUCGGUCAGACUAAACCUCUCCGAUUGGUAUAUCACAGCAAAAUCCUUGCCGCUGACCGGCGCCGAAGUGGUGAAAUCGGUGAAUUUCCUGAAUGAAAACUUCCAAGUGUUGAACCUCGACAAAUUCGGUCCACUUGAAGAGGUCCAGUAUGUGAUCGUCGUUCAGGUUCACGACCGUGCCGCCUACCUCAAGAUUUUGAUCGACACGCUACGGGUGGCCACCGGCAUCGAGAAAUCGCUGAUUAUCUUCUCGCACGACAUCGCGUUGGCCGAGAUCAACCAACUGAUCCGGGGCAUUGAAUUUGCGCGGGUGCUCCAAAUCUUCUACCCCUAUAACACGCAGCUGUUCCCACACGUUUUCCCCGGCCAGCAUCCGGACGAUUGUGCGGAGAAGUGGCGCGCGAAGGGGGCCACGUCAAAAUGCCGAAACUGGCAGACGCCGGAUAAAUACGGGAACUAUCGCGUCUCCAAACUCACCCAGAUCAAGCAUCAUUGGUGGUGGAAGAUGAACUACGUGUUUGACCGGGUUGUCGCGCCGUACAAGCUCGAUGAAAAGUGGGUGGUACUGCUGGAAGAGGACCAUUACGCCAGCCCCGAUUUUCUGCACGUCCUUACAUAUAUGGCUGAGAAUAGAGAAAGCCUCUGCCCUCAAUGCGACAUCCUUUGCCUCGGCAUCUACAUCAAGAACUACCAAAGUGCCGCCCUACAACCCGAACAUUUAGGCGCCGCCCCGUGGUACUCCAGCAAAUACAACAUGGGCAUGACGAUCAGGAAGCAGCUGUGGGAUCAGAUGAAGAACUGCAGCGAGAUUUUCUGCGCGUGGGACGACUACAAUUGGGACUGGUCAAUGCUGCAGGUCAGUGUGCAAUGCCUGCCGGCCAGGUGGAAGGUGCUCUACACGAAGGCGCCGCGCGUCCUGCAUAUCGGCGACUGCGGCGUGCACACCCAUCGGUGCAACACGAAAAAGGGCGUCGAAAUGGCCGCCGACUAUGUGCAGCGACACGCCGAGAAAUUCUUCCCGACGACGAUGCGCGUCAGCGACGUGUCCCGGCGUAUGCUGAAACCGUCGAAGGCGAAUGGCGGCUGGGGCGACCCGCGCGACCACACGCUCUGCCGGCGCAACACGUCCCCGCUGCUUUCCGGCACUAAACACGAUGCGGUUCUCGACGAACUGUUGAAUAGUACAAUACACCUCGAU